AGUUUCCUUUGCAAUGGCAUCUAGAACUGUUUGGCUCCUGUGCUUCACCGUGGGCUCCUCCUUCAGCUUGGGGGCAGGGCCUCUAUAUGCUGGAAAAUCCAUCCAGUCAUUCAGUAAAGAUACUUAUGGACCAGUGGGAUCCACCCCCAGACAGAGUAAGUCUCCGUUAAAAGGCAACAGCAUUGUGGGAGAUGAUCGUGCCGAGGACCAGCCACAGCCUCCAGGUGACCUGAAGAGAGUGAAAGCAAUUGAUCCACAUCUGCUGUUCUUGGACAAAAGGAAAACGGUAAAAAAUGCAGUGGAGAGCCACACAGAUUUGAGGAAGGAACCUGUUCACCACAUCAAGGGACUUCCUUUUGAGAGCCACAAGAAGAGGACUCUUCCUGCUGCUUACUUCAGUCAAACCAAUCGAAUGCAUACAAACAGGCUUCAAUUGGAAGCCACCAACAGCAUCUCUUCCUAUUUCUACCAACCUGUACAUUCCCAUCAUAAAGGCAGGCUGCUGGCUGAAGUCUACGCUUUCAAAAACACAGAGUCAGAUAUUGGCCAGUACCCUGGCAGCCUGUACCACCUCAAUCGACCUGGCAAGGUAAAUCCCUACUACAAACUCAGCAAUUCCUUCAGAAAUAUCACCCUAUCCUUCUGGCUCACAAACCGGCAGACAUCAAGCUUACUGCAUCACUUCAGUGUGUUAAAGGAAGAAGCUGACAAUGCAGAGGUGUGCCUGACUGAUUGCAGGAAGGACCAUGAGGAGGUGGAGGCCUACUGUACCAGUGAAUUUGUGGUGAAUGGGAUUGUUCAUGAUGUCAAUGUGGUGCAGAAAGGGAUGCGCUUAGUGGUGAUGUUGGUAAACAGCAAUGGACUGUACAAGAUUAAUCGCCUGUUCAUCAACCCUGAUGGCUUCUUCUUUCGAAUUCACUUGCUAGUCGUGGAUGCCUUCUAUUGCAGCAAACCUUGUCCAGACUUCAAACUUGGCAGCAGAUACAUCGUGAUGGGUCACAUCUACCACAGGAGACGGCAGUUACCGAGAGCUCUGCAAGAGCAUCUAAGGGGGCGUUUGAGACCUGGAGAUGGGCUGCUUUGGAGUGGGAGUAGCUACGUGAAAAGGUUCAACAAAAGGAGGGAUCGGAAAGUUCAAGCAGCAGCUCAACAUACCUGCAGAUGAGGAUG